CGAGCGUGGGGUCACGGUCCCUGCGCGGGAUGAUGCCGGAACCCCCAUCCUUUCCCAUCAGGGUCGGGAAUGCCGCUGCGGUGGAAAUGCUGCUGGCUGCAGGCGCCAGACCCAUCGGCCGGGACUGCACGGGAAGAACGGUGCUGUCCCACGCGGCGCAAUCGGGGGAUGCCGCGACUGUGAAGCACUUACUGGAUGCGGGCGCCGGGGUUGUGGUCAAUGACCGGGAUACGUGGGGGGACACAGCUUUGUUCUACGCAGCCGUCUAUGGUUGUGCGCCAGUGGCUGAAUCUCCACGUUUUCCAGUUCUUGUCAUCCCCUCCGAGAUACCAGACCCGACUCUGCCGGGAGCGGAAUGGGACGGGCAUGCUGAAGUGAUCAGGCUUUUGGUUGCCGUCGAGAAAGUGGAUCUCAAUUGCAGGGAUAAGGCAGGCGUUCCGCUGGUUCUCAGAGCGGCUGAGCGGGGACACGUUGAAAUCGUUGAUCUUCUGCGUGCCGCCGGAGCGGAUCUGGAUGUCUAUGGCGUCGAUGGUAGAAAGGCACUCAACCAAGUAUUAGAGGGGUCGGAUGGUCGGAUGAUCACUGAGGUGAUUCAGAGACACCGUGGCCGCAUAGGAUGGCCGUAAGGCCCACGGCCUCUAGUUUUGUAAUUGCUUGAAGUUGCCCCUGCACGUUUCCACCACCGUGACUGAAACAGUUCUCAUGCUCGGAUUGAGAUACUCGGUAUUUGAAUGUAGAGCUGCGAUACUUCAAAGAACUGACCCCGAUGUGGUCUAAAUAUGGCUACUCUUGUUGGAAUCUCGAGGUCAGCUCAUCACAGGUUGGGAUAUUG